AUGGUGCUUCACCUACAAUGGGAGCACUCAAUGGAGAAUGUUCUGGAAGUGCGGGAACGCUGGAAGACAAUGAUGCGUGCUGCAGUGUGCGAGGACAUCGCGCGCGACACGGCGAAGGAUCCCACCUUGAAGCGGGGCCCCAGCAUUUGGCAGCUGAUGCAGUGCUCCACGGUGAUCAAGGAGGUUCUUGAGGACGUGAGAGGCGCUUCGAAGCUCUGCCAUUCCCUGAGUGGAGGUCUGGCCAUCAUGACGGAGGCCACCCGGCGCAAGGAAGCAGCCCGGGGUCGUCUACGCGACAUCAUGCGAAGGGUUUGGCCCAAGCUUCGCGCAGUUCUAGCGCCAGAGUUGGAGUGUUUUCGUCUUCGAUCAGCGCAACACUCAAAGGCAUGGAAUCACCGUCUGGCACAGCGCCGGCGUGCCGAGGUCAACUGGGACGCCUUGCGACGCCUGGUUGCCACGCCCAAGGCUUCAGACUGUGCGUCGGAGGUCAAGGCUUUCGAUGACGAGCCUUGUUCCCCGGUGUCCGUGCCCUGCGCAUAG